AUGGCACGUGCAAAAAGAAAUGCUGUUUCUGUGAUGGGACUUGCAGAGGAACACAUGGAAGAAGUGGAAGAACUACCCCUUGCCAUUGGACACCAAAGAAAUGGUGGAUAUUUUGAUAAGUGCGGGGCCAGUUCACCAUGCCUCAUUGGACAGACUUACCAUGGAGCAAGCUGCCACAAUAGAAAAAGCAUUCUGGAAGUAAAAUGUCCUUGUAGCAUUAAGGCAAAUAGUUUGGAGGAGAACACCAGAUUGAAAACCUUCUGCAUGAGUCACGACCAGAAUAAGGAAUUGAGGUUAGAAACCAAUCAUGAUUAUUUUUAUCAAAUUCAGGGGCAAAUGCUGAUAACUGCGGCCGAAUCCCCACUAGACGACAGCCCAAUUCUCGACCACAAGGAACCCAUCCGUGGUCUACUCAAACCAGACCUCAAAAAAGCGAUCAAAACCAAAGGCCUCUAA